AUGUUGUCCGCGAGUUUGUCCAAGAGCGCGUUCACGCCCAGGGCGUCGGCGCUCCAGAAGAGCGUUAAGGGGAAGAACUUCUCCCGAUCCGCCGUCCGCGUGGAAGCGCGCAAGCCGCUCGUGGGCUACCCGGCGCCGGAGUUUAGCGCCGAGGCGGUGUUCGAUCAAGAGUUCCAAGACAUCAAGCUCUCGGAUUACCGCGGCAAGUACGUCGUGCUCUUCUUCUACCCGCUCGAUUUUACCUUUGUGUGCCCGACGGAAAUCACCGCCUUCUCCGAUCGCUACGAAGAGUUCGCGAAGCUCAACACCGAAGUCCUCGGCGUGAGCGUUGACUCCAAGUUCUCUCACUUGGCGUGGUUGCAAACCGACCGCAACGACGGCGGCCUCGGCGACUUGGCCUACCCGCUCGUCAGUGACCUCAAGCGCGAAAUCUGCGAAUCGUACGAUGUGUUGUACGAAGACGGCACCGCGCUCCGUGGGUUGUACAUCAUCGAUCGUGAGGGCGUCAUCCAGCACUACACAUGCAACAACGCUCCGUUCGGCCGCAACGUCGACGAGUGCCUGCGCGUGCUUCAAGCGAUCCAAUACGUUCAAAACAACCCAGACGAGGUGUGCCCGGCGGGCUGGACCCCGGGUGCGGCGACGAUGAAGCCGGAUCCGAAGGGCUCGAAGGAAUACUUCAAGGCGAUCUAA